AUGGGAAAUAAGGGGAAGCAGAGAAGCGGUACCCAGCGGCGGCAAGUAAUCUUCCCUUUCUUGCUGCCUUUGUUAUGCGGGGCACUCUCCAAACAGAUCCGCUAUUCUAUUCCAGAAGAAAUGGACAGAGGCUCUGUGGUGUGGAAUCUCGCUGAGGACCUGGGGCUGCAUGUACGGGAUUUAUUGACCCGUAACCUCAGAGUUAGUGCAGAGAAACAAUACUUUACUGUAAACAUGGAGAAUGGGAAAGUACUUGUGAGUGACAGAAUAGAUCGGGAGUCACCCUGCCCCCAAAACCCUCUGUGUGUCGUGCCUUUAGAAAUUGUAGCAGAGAAUCCUCUAAAUGUUUCUCACGUAAACGUGAUAAUAGAAGAUAUAAAUGACAAUCCACCUCAUUUUCCGCAAAAUAGCAUUGUUUUACAAAUCAAUGAACUUGCAAUUCCAGGAACUCGGUUUGGCCUGGAAUCAACUAUACAUGCAGAUAUAGGGCUUAACUCUCUGCAGAGUCACCAACUCAGCUAUAGUGAGCAUUUCUCUCUGAUGGUUGAAGGUAAGACUGAAGGCAAGAAUUCCCCAGAAUUAGUGUUGGAGAAGCCUCUGGACCGAGAACAACAGAGCUCUCACCUCCUGGUCCUGACAGCAGUGGACGGGGCUGAUCCGGUCCGAACUGAAACUCAAAUCAGGAUCAAGGUCACUGAUGCCAACGAUAACCCCCCAGUGUUCAAUCAGGAUGUGUACAAAGUUAGCCUGCGUGAGAACUCGCCCUCAGGCACCUUUGUGCUAAAGGUGAAGGCCACUGACCAGGAUGAAGGCAUCAGUGCAGAGAUCACCUACUCCUUCAAAACACUAUGAGAUAUUGGAAAUAUGUUUGUGCUAGAUCAUCAAAGUGGAGAAAUUAAAUCCAAAGACCCUAUAGACUUUGAAAUCAGUAGCAGUUAUACUAUAAGCAUAGAGGAGGACGUUGGAAGCAUAGGCACCGAGUGUAAAAUUAUACUGGAAAUUUUAGAUGAGAACGACAAUGGCCCAGAGGUGGUUUUCACUUCAGUGUCUAGUUCCAUAACCGAGGUUGCAGAACCAGGAGCUGUGAUUGCUUUGUUCGAAACACAUGAUAAAGAUUCGGGAGAAAACGGGGAGGUCACAUGUCUCAUAAAAGAGAGAGCUCCUUUGAGAAUUGGAUCUUCCGCCAAUAAUUACUACAAGCUUGUGGCAGAUGGGGCCCUGGACCGGGAGCAGACCCCAGAGUACACUGUCACCAUCGCAGACACCGACAGGGGCAAGCAGCUCCUCUCCUCCAGCAGAAGUGUCACUCUACACAUCAGCGACGUUAAUGACAACACUCCGGUUUUCCACCAGGCCUCCUACGUGAUCCACGUGGCCGAGAACAACCCGCCUGGAGCCUCCAUCACGCAAGUCAGCGCCUCCGACCCCCACCUGGGGCCCAACGGCCACGUCUCCUACUCCAUCGUGGCCAGCGACCUGGAGCCGCGCGCGCUGUCGUCCUACGUGUCCGUGAGCGCGCAGAGCGGCGUGGUGUUCGCGCAGCGCGCCUUCGACCACGAGCAGCUGCGCGCCUUCGAGCUGACGCUGCAGGCCCGCGACCACGGCUCGCCCGCGCUCAGCGCCAACGUGAGCCUGCGCGUGCUGGUGGGCGACCGCAACGACAACGCGCCCAGGGUGCUGUACCCGGCGCUGGGGCCCGACGGCUCGGCGCUCUUCGACACGGUGCCGCGCGCCGCGCAGCCCGGCUACCUGGUCACCAAGGUGGUGGCGGUGGACGCCGACUCUGGACACAACGCCUGGCUGUCCUACCACGUGCUGCAGGCCAGCGAGCCCGGACUCUUCAGCGUGGGGCUGCGCACGGGCGAGGUGCGCACGGCGCGGGUCCUGGGCGACAGGGACGCGGCCCGCCAGCGCCUGCUGGUUGCUGUGCGCGAUGGGGGACAGCCGCCCCUCUCGGCCACCGCCACGCUGCUCCUGGUUUUCGCGGACAGCCUGCAGGAGGCGCUGCCGGACCUCAGUGACCACUCUGAGCCCACUGACCCCCAAGCUGAGCUGCGGUUUUACCUGGUGGUGGCCUUGGCCUUGGUCUCUGUGCUCUUCCUCCUCGUGGUGAUUCUGGCCAUUGCUUUGAGCCUGCGACGCUCCUCUAGCCUGGCCACCUGGUGCUGCUUUCAGCAGGGGUCUCCCAACUACAACAAGGGCACUUUGCCUUAUUCAUACAAUCUGAACGUUGCCGAUUCUCAGAAAACAAGGUUCAGUUUUCUCACCAUGACCCCAAGCUACCUGUAG